UCUGCCACAAACGAGGAGCUCUUCUGUCCAAAUGGCUAGAAACGAGGAGAAGCAACAAGGGAAGUUAAACAGACUUUGGCUGCAAAAAGAGAGAGAAGCUAUUACAGCUUCAACUCUUCUGGGAUGGCUGUCCUCAAGGUUGCAGAGUGUGUUUAUAGGAAUUUUCCACCAUUCUUCCAAAAGCGCAUUGGUGAGGUCACACUCUGAUGUUGGUCGAGAAGGCCUGGCUCUCAGUCUCCGUUCUAAUUCAUCCCAAAGGUGUUCUAUCAGGUUCAGAAGGUCGGUUAAAGGAUGUCCGGGAGCGAAGACCCAAGUUGUCUACGCUUAACUCCGCAUCAUCUGUGAAGAAGUGGAUCCCCAGCAUCAAGAAAGAAAUGGAGUAUUACCUGCAGCAAUCCCAGCUCACCCAUUACCCCGAGAGAAAGAUAGCAGAGUUCCAGGUAAACAUGGAGGCUUUAGAAAAGGAGUACAAGCGUUUCGUUACCAAGCUGCGGGUGCUUGACCCCGCCUGUAAGCACAAGCCCUGGACCCCGAGAGCCUAUUGUAAGAGGAGAGCGGAGAAGGACGAGUCAGCGACGAGCCUUGUGAAGAAGAAGCCGCCGCCUUUUGAGACGGCCAGCUGCCAGAUUGAAGGCGGGUCUUCCCCCGGCAGAAUGCCAACCGAACCGUUCAACGGCUCACAGGGCAGUUCCAUCCCAACCUCAGGAUGCACGGAGGACCAGGACCAGGACCAGGACCGGCCGCUCUCCUUCGACCGCGCUCGCCUGGCGAUGGCCUCUGCUGCCUUCAGAGGCGCGUCGGACCAGCCAGGCUCCUCUCAGACGCAAAACUUAGCGAGGAUGUUGCAGCUCUCCCUACCAAACCUGGGUAAUUCUGCUGCCAUGCCGGCACAGGGGAGAGACGGCGACUUGUCAGCAGCAGGGGGUGCUGUUGUCCAACAGAAAGCCGCAGUGGAGAACCCGAGGACUUCCCGUGUAGUAAUGCAGCAGAAGACGGGUCAUGUCCUCGGACUGGAUUGUUACUCUUCUUCUGCGCUCCCUUGUUAGUUUUGCUGUCGUGCAGCACGGAGCCGCUCCACCCGGGAGAAUUGUGGAAAGCGAUGCUGUUCCUCACAAGCCGGAAAGAAGACAAGUGUGGGAAGUGAAAGUUCGCCAUCAGCACCGGAGAGACAAUGAUUACAGCGUCUUGUGCCAGGUAAACAUGACACAACGGCUGCCUUUUGUUCAGAAGAGAACACACAGAAGCUCAUAGAAAUAUUAAGAAAUUAAAGACAAAAAUCUUGACAAAAAUCUCAGUAAAACGACCUCUUAAGGCCCAAGCUGUUUGUUUACAUGCUUUUUUUUUAUUUCUCUUUGCUAUUUGAGUUUAUUGGACCCUAAUUAGAAUAAAAACUAAGAAUCA